GACACAACUUCUUAAGGCUGUGUCAUAUAUCAUUUUGUAGCGUGUGAAAUUCUCUAUCGAAUGGUGUAUGAAGUAGACUGGUUAACGACUGAAUAGCGGAGCUUUUUUGACAUCAAUGACCUUCACACGCCAGUUUGCUCAUAUGCUACCGAGUAUUUCGCAUCUUGGCCUUACUCCGACACAACUUCUUAAGGCUGUGUCAUAUAUCACUUUGUAGCCCGUGAAAUUCUCUAUCGAAUCGUAUAUGUACUACGUAUAUGUACUACAAGUAUAUGUAGAGUGGUUAACGACCGGAUAAAGCAACUUUGUGGACAUGAAUGACCUUGGGCUGCCGGCGUGGUCGCAUGCUACCAAGUAUUUCGAAUCUUAGCCUUACCCCGACACAACUUCUUAAGGCUAUGUCAUAUAUCAUUUUGUAGCCCGUGAAAUCCUCUACUGAUUGGUACAUGAAGUGGACUGAGUAUGGACCGAAUAAGGUAACGUUUUUGAGAUGAAUGACCUUGACCCGCCGAUUUUGCUGAGGUGCUGCCAGGUAUUUCGAAUUUCAGGCGACGGAAUUUCAAUUUGUUCUGAUGGCCUUAUAGACUGUGUUGUAGCCCGUGAAAUUCUCUAUCGAAUGGUGUAUAAAAUGGACUGGUUAAUGACCGAAAAAUGGAGAACUUUUGACAUCAAUGACCUUGACCCGCCCGUUUGCUGAGUUGCUAACGAGUAUUUCCAACCUUGGACUACUCAGACACAGCUUCUUAACAAUAUUUCAUAUACCAUUUUGUAGCCCGUGAAAUUCUCUAUCGAGUGAUUUAUACUAGUUGAUACUUCCUGUAGGGGAAAGAUUUAGGCGAAUUAAAUUGCUUUGGGCAAUUUCGUUUAAAGCAAGAAGGUUUUAGGUUGGGAAAAGGCUUCCAGGGGCGUUGGAAAGGAUUUUGAUUGUCUAAAAAUAUGAUAGGUUUAAUGGGCAAGAAAAACUGCAUUAGAUGAGUUACUGCAUAAUGGAUUUGGUAGUUGGCCGAUUUACGGUCUUAUCGUCCCCCGUCCUUUAUGCAUGGUUUGUUGGAUAGUUAAGGAAAAUGCAUGCUAAGAGUGUAAGAACCUCAUGAGUGAGCCUGUCAACAACAUUCGUGGAAAUACAAUCGAUUCAUUUUUAUUCCAUGAUGUUUGCUGUUGUAAUAUAAGGUUUGAAAUAAAAUUGUUUUUUUGUUUUGUUUUCAAUAAAUCCUUUUUUUUCUGUUCCAUAGGCGAAUCUAAAACGUCAUUUCUUUAUGAGGCAAAAACAACUGAAAAAGUUCGUUUUGAUACAGAAGCAAUUGAAUUGAAAGAUCGUGAUGGUGGUGGUGGCAAUAAUUCAAGAACUGCUUUGCGAAUACGUCGUCAACAAUCAAGUAAUAGCAGUUUAAAUUCAUCACCACGAAAAAAGACGGGAAAGAUACGGAUUAAAGAAGCAUUAGACAUUUUAGAAGUUUAUCGUAGUCGUUAUCGUAUAUGUUCUGGAGGUAUUGUAGCUUUUACUUGCUAA